GGGUUCGGAACGUGCCGAGGCAUAUUUGCAGCUGUCGCAGAAAAAAUGUGAUUGUGGAUGCAAAUUUGAAAAGGGAAAAACCCCUACUGGCUGUCAGAGUUUCCGUACGGAGCCAGUCCACAAAGCAUUGGACGUCGUCGGAUGCACUGCAAGAAAAAGAAACCAAAGAGGCGCGCUAAGAAUAGAAACUACCGACUGGUGAAUCAAUUCUAAGAUUGCCGAGGUAAGAAUUUCAAACAUGUACUUCACUACAAAUAUGAUUCCAUUUACACUUCUAAGUCUUUGCAGAUCACAUGUUCUGAAAAGUAUCUGGAUCUGGUUUGAUACGAGGUUCAAAGGUGUAAAGUGCUUCUCGUGAAAGUUUCUCUUAAAUUUUUAUUUGGGGUUCGGGACGUGCCGAGGAAUAUUUGCAGCUGUCGCAGAAAAAGUGUGAUUGUGGAUGCAAAUUUGAAAAGGGAAAAACCCCUACUGGCUGUCAGAGAUAUGGUUACAGCAUAAGACGAUGAUCGUCUCUUGGCUUCAGUCAGAGGGAUGGAAACUGAAUUUUUAAUACAGAAGAGCUAUAUAAACCACUCGUAAAAACUGACAGUUAUGUUCAGUGAAAAAAGGAUUGGAGUUAUUUGACUCAGUUCGAUAUAAAUUUUCGAUAACAUCUGAAUUUUUUAAAAUGUGUUGAACUGACUGUUUUCGGUUUCGAUAUCAGUUGUUCACUGGUUUUUCUGCUUUUUUUGUUUUUGUUUUUUUAAAAAUUGCUGAGUUAUCUGUUUUCAUCAAUUAGGGAAAGUCCCUCCGUCGAAGACGAGACACGCCACUGGCUAUUAAUUAGAAACAGAAUCACGCGCCAGGCAUGAGCUAUAUACAGCUGAAUUUUUACGAAAGCUAUAUAAACCAUUCGUAGAAGCUUACAGUUAUGUUGAGUGAAAAAAGAAUUGGAGUAAUUUGACUCAGUUCGAUAUAAAUUUUCGAUGACAUCUGAAUUUUUUAAAAUGUGUUGAGCAGGCUGUUUUCACUUUCGAUAUCGGUUGUUCAGUGAUUUUUGUUUUUGUUUGUUUGUUUUUUUUUUUUAAUUUUGCUGAGUUAUCUGUUUUCAUCAAUUAGCCGGGAAAGUCCCUCCGUCGAAGACGAGACACUCCAUUGGCUAUUAAUUAGAAACAGGAACACGCGCCAGGCAUGAGCUAUAUACAGCUGUUUUGUGAAAGGUUGUCCUACAAAAGCGUAUAAACGUAAGCGACAAUGUCGGAAGGUAUUAUGGGUGAUGGUGGCUAAAGGGGUUUCAAGGAAACAGCUCAAACACGUGUAUUCAUGCUUCCCCUUAUCGCUGAAACACCGUGAACCUCAACCGCUACCCAUAAUACCAAUCGGUAUUAUCGUGUUCACUUUUGCGCUUUUGAGAGACAACUUAUCAAAAUAGCUGUCAGUCUAUAUAUCUGACUCAAACAUAAAAAAUGCACUUCGAUAUACAAUUGUAGACGGUUUAAAGGUUUCUAUCGAAUUUAAAGUGAAGCCUGGUGACCCUAUCCGCAAUUGUGAGACAAUUUUUUGGACAGAACGACCCUUUCUCUUAAAAUCGGUAACCUUGAUAUUUUAGACCAUUAGUUAUUCCUACACAUUCAAGAUUUCUUAAAAUUACAUCCAGAAUUAAGCAUUCACUGGCUUCGACAUAUGUCUCCUCAUACUUUAUUCUAUUCCAUACUAAAGAGGACAUUAACGGUCCUUGUCAAUGACAUGGCAUUUGACUAAACCAUAGCCAAAACAGUACUGUGUCCCUCAUGAGGUGUAAACAAUGUAAUGCCCCCAACACCACCUGUUCAACUCUUCCGUUUAUCUCACUCGCUCUGCCUCAAUCAAAUGCUACUUGGCUUGUCAAACCAACGCUGGUUUGAUACGACAUUUCUAAUUACCAUUACUAUCCCUAUCUCUGUUAUUUUUUAGGUCUGUGGCUUUGUUUUGGAUUCAAUACUACAGAACAAGGAAGUACAUACGCAUAUGUGUUUCACUACAUUAGCUUUCUUUUCAACUGUUUUUUUUUUUAAGAGUUUUGAGUUGAUUAUCUGAGUGUACCCUAUAAAAGAACCUGCAGAUCUUGAGCAGACAUUUAUUCUUUGAAUAAAUGUACAUUUUCAGCUUUUUCAAGUUAAGGCAGCAGGCAGUGUAAAGACGCACUUUAAACAUGAAUUGAUUAAAGACGGAGAAGAAAUAGAGAAAAUUGUAUGACGCAUAAACUGUGGGCAUAGAGAGUGGGUGGCACUGACGUAAAAUGUAUGUGACGUUCGUCUUUUCAGAAUUGGAGGUUUGCACAAACCACAGAGAACUCAUAAUGCUCACUAUGAUGUCAAUAGGCGAAUUAUCACAGGAAUCACUCGAAGAUCUCUACAGCGCCCUCGAAAGAGUAUCAACCUUGGGCUGGAAGGUGCUUCUGUCGAGAUGGUUCAAAUCACUUUAUUCUGAAGAUGAUGUAGCUAUGAUCGAGAACAGUAUCUGUCCUGCCAAAGCUUUGUUAGAUGAUCUGACUUACAGAGGAAUAACGCUGCAAGAUCUGGUGGAGGGACUGGAAGCCAUAGGGAACAAUAGGGCCGUUUCAAUAAUCAUAAAAGGAGCUCAGAAGAGUGGCCUUGACAUGCAGUAUUCCGGUCGUCGCCCUCCUCCUCAAGUCCGCAGUACUGGAAAUCCACAAGAGCAAGAAGACUCAGUCAAGUUUUCACCGUACGCGGAAGAAGCCGAAACAUUACAUAGUUCAGUUCAGGUAUCAGAAGCAAAAGAAAGCGCCUGCCAUUCUUCUGACCCUGGAUUGCAUACUUCAUGCUUGGGAAUCGUGCUUUCCAUAGUUUCCUCCUGGUUUCCAUUUCAUUAUAGCAAAGCUUGAGCGGACGAUGUUACUUGUAAAUACUACGACAUUUUUCGCGUACGUAGUAUGCUUGACAAGCUUGAUUAAUAUUAGUGUUUUAAUUAAGUUUACGUUACUUUUUUUCUUAUUUUUAGUGUCUUCAUUUAGUAGUUCUUGUACUUCUACUUCAGUUUAAAACUUGAAUAAGGGCUUUAUUACUAUUAUUACACUGGAAUGGAAAGAUAGUUGUAACUUAAAUUCACACGAAACAAUUAACUUGUAGUAAGCUUAUGCAUGCCGCGGGAAAAAAAAUUGUUUUGCCUUAAUUGGCCCCAAGUUGAUCAGAAAGAAGUUUUUCUUCCCAAUUUUCCUUGCCUAAGUGGAGAAGUGAAUUUCAACAGCUACGACAAUUUGAUAGUUAGUUGGUAGUCAGUUUUAUGCAAAUACAAACUCAAUAUUUACAAACUAUAUACCUAGAUCUUUCCUAAUCAGCUCAUAGCAUCAUCUACCAUAUGCAAAAUUAAAUGGGCGAGAACUAGAUAGAGCGCAUUACAGUGCUGAAGUUAUUGAAAUGAUAUUGUUAAUUAGUAGUUAGAAUAUUAUCACUGAUCAUCAGUUGUAAACUGAUAAGUUAAGGGGAUUAAUAAAUGAAUAAAUAAAUUAUAAAACGCCUUUUUGAGGAGAGAAUUUCCCAAUAUUUUUAAACAUAGAAAAGCCAUUAACCAUGGUAAUCACCUGACUAUCUGUAAUAUCGUGCAACACCUUGUAGUGAGAGCUAUAUGAAGUUGUAAGUAGUUAAUAUUACGAAAAGGAGUAACUGACUUGUCUAUGAUGAAAAAGGUUAGAACAGCAAUGAGGUCACUAGCAGCCAAUAGGGAUAUUAGUAAAAUUUCCAAGGAAAUUUGCCCCGUUUCGAAAGUUCUGGAAUUGGUUGAAUGCAAAGCGCCCAUAAUCAACUGAAUUGUGAAGUUGGCGUACGUAUGUAGAAUAGAUAAAAUUUUAAAACAUCAUGAAAACAGA